ACUUCCGGCAUGUCUCACAAGUCUUUUCUAGCAAGACUCGCAACGAUUGCACACAGAUCGUACACAGAAUAAUUGUGAAAGUUUCGCUUGUUGGCAUUGCUAGUGUUUUCGAAUCGCGUCUGAAGAGUCAGUUUAGCACGCAAAAUGCCCAAGAACAAAGGAAAGGGAGGCAAAAACCGGAGGAGAGGCAAGAACGAGAACGAGACGGAAAAGCGUGAACUGGUGUUCAAAGAGGAUGGCCAGGAGUACGCGCAGGUGACCAAAAUGCUCGGCAACGGACGUCUCGAGGCCAUGUGCUUCGACGGCAGCAAGCGGCUGUGUCACAUUCGCGGCAAGCUGCGCAAAAAGGUUUGGAUCAACCAGGGCGACAUCAUUCUGAUCGGCCUCCGCGACUACCAGGACGCCAAGGGCGACGUCAUCCUCAAGUACACGCCGGACGAGGCGCGCAACCUCAAGACCUACGGCGAGUUCCCUGAGUCGGUCAGGAUCAACGACACGGUCACCUUUGUCGACGGCGACCUGGACGAGGACAUUGAAUUCGGCGACGACGUUAGCGAUGAUGAGGAGGGCGACCUGGUUGACAACAUCUGAUUUCAGCCCUGCCGAGUUCAAGAAGUGCGACCAAAAGAGGACUCUUGUUAUGAUAAUAUAAAUAUUAAUAUUACUGCGAUUAGACUUUAAUUAUAAAUUCUACGACCGACCGAUUCAACCAUCCCACUCUGCAGCCUACUUGUUAUUAUUUAUCACGCCCACUGACAUAAAUUAUUGAUUUGGAAUACUUCAAAAUUCAUUCGUGUUGACUCAAGAUCAGAUGUCCUUCUUUUUGUUUUGCCGCAAGCAGCCUGACUGUCAAAACAUGUACGGCGAGUGCUGAUGGUGUUCAAG